UUAUCAUGUUCAAAAUCCUCCUUCAGCUCUUAUUGACCCAUGGUGUUUUGACUCCGGCGCAACAAAUCAUGUCACGGCUGACUUUGGUAACCUUUCUGUUCACUCCAAUUACACCGGUAAUGAAGGGUUACAAGUUGGUAAUGGACCUCCAGGGACAGACGCUACUCACCGGACGCGUUGAAAAUGGACUGUAUCACCUCCAAUCAUCUCCCACUGCACCCUCUUCUCCUCGUGUCUACCUUGGUGAAAAGACGUCUCUACAAACUUGGCAUCACCGAUUUGGUCAUCCACAUGAGUCUGUUUUGCGUCGUUUAGUCUCUAGAUUUAAUUUACCUAUUUCUUCAAAUAAAUUAUCUUCCAUUUGUGAAUCUUGUCAGUUAGAGAAAAGUCAUAGACUUUCCA